UUACAAGAAGAAGCGUUAUGAUUACAACUGCUACACCAUAGCAGCACCAGUUGGCAGAAUGAGGAUUAUGUUGAUGAUGCAGUCUCAACUUCAACUUGAUGCAUUCUGGUGAGUCAAGUGGAUUGUUGUCAGAUAAACUUUCCCUCUUGGAACUAAGACGAGAGUGCAACGCGUUUCCACACUACUGGACUACAUUACCUCAUUACCGAGAACUAUUUGAAUCGCAUGGCUUCACAGAGUUCCACUAAUUCAUGCUGGCAUUUUGGCUGAUAUUUGCAACUUCGUGAGCUCCCAAACUUUUAUGGAAUUAGGCUCCUGAAACUUGAUUCUGGAAGUCCCAUGAGACCGUCAAACGCUGAGGGUGGUCGGUCUUCUGAAAAAGAGGGCAGAAAGAAAGAUCAAAGAUGUAAGAAGAUGAAGCAGAUCGAUCUUCUGUCUGAGUUGUGGUUGUUCUUACCCCAUGAAAUCAACGAUGCCAUCAUCAAGAGAGUUCCUCUCGAGGACCUUUUGAGGUGGCGGACGGUGUGCAAGAACUGGAACAGACUGAUCUUGACUGAACUGCAUCCUUCGAGAAAAUUUGCUCACAAUCUGCCUCUGAUCGUUCGUUCUGAUGUUUUCAGCCUGGCUUCCAUCUCCGCUUACAAUGACAAAGCCAGAGAGUGGCUUUCCAUCGAUCUGAUAUUCUUAUUACCUCUUUUAUCAGACGGUGAGAGGGUAUUGACGGAAUGCCGUUUCAUCACCGGAGGACGAUCGGGCUUGCUUUUUCUGCUUUGUGCGUUUCGUGAGAAUUCGGAAAUGGAAAACUCUGUCAUAAUUUGCAACCCGCUUACAAAGAAGUCCAAUCUCUUGAAGCUACCAGAUAAUCGUCGAGGUGGUCACGUGUGGGUGGUUUGCGAUGACCAACACCUCCACUACAAGCUACUAGUCUCAUUUAAGGACGAUCCUCUACACUCUGUAUACGACUCGAAGUCAAGGUCCUGGAGCGUGGUACCUGGUCCAAAAACCGAUCCAUAUUGCAUCUACUCCGCAGUUUCACACAAGGGAAGCUUGUACUAUUUGAGAAAGCCCAGAUUUCUGGACAGGCACAUGCACCCCAUCAUUGGUAGCUACGAUCCAUCGUCGGGCAAGUGGAGUGAGAUUCUCACUUUACCAGUUCAUAUUGGUCCAGACAGCCCACGCUUGGUGGAAUCGGGAGGCCAUCUGAUUUACGUGGCUAGAACCUUAACCUCGCGUGAGGACAGUCUCUCUUGGUGUUUCUUCAAGAAGAAUGAUGAGGGAAUGGAGAAAAAUUUGGGGAAAGAGUGGGAGAAAAUCGGAGAAAUGCCUAAAGAUGUGUACCGGCGGCUCAAUCUUUCAGUCAUGUCCGCACCCAUAUACAGGGAGAUUCGUUGCAUAGGAGAGGGAGACAAUAUGUACUUCGUUGGCUUGGAGUGUGUUUGCAAGCAGGACGGAGUGAAAAGAUUGACGAAUAAGGGAGUGAAACUGGCUGUUGUAGCUCACAAUGUUAAAAAAGGCUCGUGGGAGUGGUUGCCUGAACAUGUGGACGAUGAAGCAAGAUUCUGGCAUUGGGAGACGAAUUCAAUAAGGGUAAUAUCCUUCCAGCCGUCACUGGCUGAUGUGCAGUAGAUUGACAAGGGGCUGUUCGGUGUUUCUCGGGGCGUUUUAAGACCUAGUAACUGUAGAAGGGUGAUAACGUUGUGGACAUUUCAACAGGCCAAUCAACUCUCAAGUAGACCUGAAUCAGAACUCUAACUCCACUGAAGCAUUUCCUUUGUGGCGGAUCAUGUUCAUAAUUGCUGGGAUCUUACAACCAAGAAGUUUGAAGGAUCAUUACACUCAAAGUCUACUAUGUGACACAUGGCAAUAUUUCAUGUGAGCUCAUAUGAAC